UUUCUGCCUCCGAGUAACCCGAGAGUAUUUCCGGUUCCGGCUGUGGGCCGGAGAAGACAUGGCGACAUCUUCGUCGGCAGCUGCAGGGGAGGAGGACUGGGUCCUUCCCUCUGAAAUCGAGGUGUUAGAAUCUAUCUAUCUGGAUGAACUACAAGUGAUUAAAGGAAAUGGCAGAUCUUCGCCGUGGGAGGUCUACAUCACCCUGCACCCUGCCACUGCAGAAGACCAGGAUUCACAGUAUGUCUGCUUCACUCUGGUGCUUCAGGUCCCAGCACAGUAUCCCAAUGAGGUGCCACAGAUCUCUAUUCGUAACCCCCGAGGACUCUCAGAUGAACAGAUCCACAAGAUUUCACAGGCACUGGGCCAUGUAGCCAAGGCUGGGCUGGGCACUGCCAUGCUCUAUGAGCUCAUCGAGAAAGGAAAGGAAAUUCUCACAGAUAACAACAUCCCACAUGGCCAGUGUGUCAUCUGCCUCUAUGGUUUCCAGGAGAACGAGGCCUUUACAAAAACACCCUGUUACCACUAUUUCCACUGCCACUGCCUUGCUCGGUACAUCCAGCACAUGGAGCGUGAGCUGCAGGCUCAAGGACAGGAGCAGGAACAGGAACGGCAUCAUGCCGCAACCAAACAGAAGGCUGUUGGUGUGCAGUGUCCAGUGUGCAGAGAGCCCCUCGUGUAUGAUCUUGCCUCACUAAAAGCAGCCCCUGAACCCCAACAGCCCAUGGAGCUGUACAAGCCCAAUGCAGAAAGCUUGCGCCAACAAGAAGAGCUCAGGCGGCUCUACCAGAGGCAACAGGAAAGGGGGGGCAUCAUUGACCUAGAGGCUGAACGUAACCGGUACUUCAUCAGCCUCCAGCAGCCACCUGCCCAUGUGGAACCUGAGUCAGCUGUAGAUGCCUCCAGAGGAUCCCAACCACUCAGUGCUCUUGCCACAGAACUGUCCCCUUCAUCAACUGCCCAACCUACCCAGUCAGCUCCUCUGCCUGUGGCUUCCCAGUAUAUGUGCGAGAAGAUUCCAGGGACUGGGCCAAAUCAGCAAAGGUUGAGCGAGACGCAGAAAACUAUCCUGGAUACGCCCCGGGCCAACCGAGGCCCCUGGAGACAGCCUGAACGGAGGCACCUGAAGGGAGGGGAAUACAAUGCCCACAAAGGUACCAGUGACACCCAGGAACUGCCACUUCCUGAGAGGCCCAAGGAGUCCAUGGACGUAAAGCCAGAAGAACCCCAUAACCAAGGGGUUGGAGGUCCUUCCCAAGAGAAUGGGCCUGGCAACUGGCAGGGUCCCCCGCCCCGCAGGACUCGGGACUAUGCUCGCUGGGAGCGUUCUAAGAGUCGGACACCAGGUUCUUCCUAUCCCCGCCUGCCUCGGGGUCGGGGAACCUAUCCACCUGGCACUCAAAGGGAGCCCUUGAGCCUGGAAUCGGAGGAUGGUUCCUAGCAGUACUGUGGUGGCACAGGGAAAUGGGGGUAGGAGGGGGGCAAUAAAGAGAUUUGGCCUUGUUUGGCUUUCUUUGCUCAGUAGC